AUGACCACUAUUAGUCGGCUAGUCAAAUUCGGACUUCAUAUUUACGGUAUUUGGCCAUAUGUACCAUCCACUGUGAUCUUCAGAUUAUAUUGGAUAAUAAUGCUGAGCAUGGCUCAAACUUUUCAAUAUCGAUACGUGGUGGUAAAUAUUCAUAUGGACGACUUUUCCCAAUAUAUGGACGGAGUGAGUAGCGCAAUGGCGUCUUCGCUUUUCUACAUUAAGCUCGUUAUCCUUUGGACCCAUCAACGAAUAUUUUUUGACGUAUUACAAAUGAUAUCUGUGGACUGGCGGGAUUAUAAUACAUUGAACCAUUAUUCCUCACGGAUAAUGACGGAUUCAGCAAAUCUUGCACGUCGCGCCUCGAGGUGGAUCGUCGGCCUGCAAAUAGUCUCUGUAUUUUUGUACAGUGCCGGCGUACUCACCGCUAAUGCAAACAGUCCCGAGAGAUCAGAACCGUAUGCACGAGAACUUAUAUUGAAAAUGGAACUGCCAUUCAACAUUAGUGCAAAUUUUAUUUAUACAGCGGUUCAAACAGUUCAAUUUUAUCACCUUUUUUUAGUUGCCUAUGGCAUUAGUAUUAUCAACUCGCUUCUCGUUAUUUUG